GAAGCAAUCAACCAAUAAUUGACAGGGAGGAAACUUAUAUCUUUAUAAUAAAAAUAUAUUAAAAAGAAAAGAAAAAAAAACACACCAAAGUCCAUUGUUUCCUAUAUAUUGAGAAAUUCAAGAACACUACUUUUUAUUAUUAAGAUACGCAUCGAUAACUCGUUUUUCGCACGUUCUGUACGUUUAUUUUUUCAACUUUCAACGUUCUGCCGCUAGAAAAACGGAAAGUGAGAGGGUUUAUCCGCCGUAUCCUGGAUUAAUUUAGGUUACGUCACACCGAAGAAGAAUUAAAAUUCGGUCAGCAGCUAGAGCCAGAGAUCCGUGAAGUAUCGAUGCAAAGAAACAUCAGAUAGAAAAGGGAAGAGCACCGAUUCCAUUGAAUUGUAGAAGGAAGAUGCCAACACCGAGACAUGUAGGUCACUCCUCCCAUCUCUCGCCGUGAUAAAUAGGCGGAUGUGUAGGAUCUUGUAGUAUAUUAGUGUGAAUGAAUGGCAUCUGAUCGCUUUUAGGGAUAUUUGUUGUAUAAGAUUGGUGUUGAACUCCUCCAAAAUGGCGGAAUUGUUUUCCAGGAUUAUCGCGAUUUUAGUUACAUUUCAGACUAUCUCGGGCUUCCACUCGGGUUAUUAUCCUCCGCAUAAGCCCGAUUACUUUCCAAUCCACCCUAGUCACAUGGCAAGGAUUAAAUCGAUCGACGUGCAAUGCCAGAAAGGCCGUCUGUCUGUCAAAAUAGAAUUCGACCAACCCUUCAACGGGCUCAUCUAUUCCAAAGGUUACUAUAGCGACCAUAGCUGUCGUUACGUGGGACCUAACGAAGGUCAAAAGUCCUACGAAUUUGUCAUCUUUACGGAUCGAUGCGGCACCACUUUUGUGGACGAGUACAACCACGGGGGUCAAGCUUAUUUAGAAAAUACUAUCGUUAUACAGAACGAACCGGGUAUACAGGAGGUGUGGGACACUGCUAGGAGGAUUCGUUGUUUGUGGCAGGGGCAGUUCGACAAAACGGUUACCUCUUCUAUUAACGUAGACAUGCUGGAUAUAAUCAGCGUAACAUACAGCGGGGAUACAGUCGACAGCUACAUGGACAUUCAGUUGGGUAAGGGACCGUUUGCCCCUUCUGUUACGGGGCUAGUCAAAAUUGGUGACACUUUGACUAUGGUAAUAUACGUUGUAGGAUCGGAGGACUUCGACAUGCACGUGAAGGAUUGCAUAGCGCACGACGGGGAUCUCAAAAACGCAGUUCAACUGACGGACGCACGCGGGUGCGUUCUGAAGAAGAAACUAAUGGGCCCUUGGCAAAAGACUAAGCAGACCGGCAACACCGGAGCCUCUGUCAUUUCUUACGCCUUCUUUCAGGCUUUUCGCUUCCCUGAUAAAAUGGAGGUGUUUCUAGAAUGCAACCUGGAGAUCUGCAAGUAUCAGUGCCCGGGAUAUUGCCCAGAUUAUUCGGUGGAACCAAGGUCUUAUAACAAUACUACAAGGAGGAAGAGAUCGGACAGCACGGUAACCGAACCAAUUAAACUGUUACGCGGUUUCAGGGUCGUAACACCGGAAGAUAUAUCGGGAUCAAAAGACAGAAACGGCACUCUCACUCUCGCUUCGGGCAUGCGCCAAGUGGCUGAAGGUGACGUGUGUCUGUCUACGCCCAGUUUCGUGGCUGCGUUAAUUAUCACGGUCGUGGUUUUGCUGGCCGCCUGCUUGAUGACUGGAAUACUGUGUGUCAGAAUGAAGAAUACCUCACCCUCAGUUUGCUUCCCCAGCGCGCUGCAGACCUUUUCGCAAUUGGAAUUGUCUAAGCCCGCCAGAAAGCAUUAAAAUAAGGACACGCGUGUAAUUUUUCUAAUUCGGAUGUUAAAAGGGGGGGACAGAUUUCUAAGGCGCUCUAUCAAAAGGCUGGAAUCUCUAUGGCGUUAGGCCCGUAUAAAAAUGUCGGUUGGUGUCCCAAAUUGCAAAGCUGAGUUGUUGUGCCAAUAAUAUACAUUAUUGUAUUUUUGAUGCAAUGAACCCAGAGUGAUGUUUACAAUAAAUGUUUAUUAUUGUUUCA